AUGCCUGUUGACAACCCUGAAACCAUCCAGGCCGGUGGCCUUGAGAACCUCGACGCCGACGGCGGACGUCGAAUCGCUGUGGCCAAGAACGAAGUUGUCGAGUUCUCCCGCCGCGAGUCAGAAUAUGACAACAUUCCCACAGAGGAGGAGCUCCACGGCCCCAAUGCUCUUCGCAGAACUGCCGCCCCUAUCCCAUGGGCGGUUUACACUGUCGCAUUCAUCGAGCUGUGCGAGCGUUUCUCAUACUACGGAACUCAAGUUGUUUACUCCAACUUCGUCAAUCAUUCUCUUCCGCUCCCGGCGCCAGAUGGGCCACCGGGCUCUCAUCACAACACGGGUGCAGGGGGUGGCACCGAUCAAGGUAUCUCCGGUGCUCUUGGUCAAGGCCCAGAAACUGCAAAUGGCAUCAACACCUUCAACACCUUCUGGAUCUACUGCGUGCCUCUUCUCGGUGCCUACAUGGCCGACGAACACUGGGGAAGAUACAAGACCAUCUGCAUUUCCAUUGCCAUCGCCAUCAUCGGUCACAUCGUCCUUGUCAUCUCCGCCAUCCCACCAGUCAUCACCCACCCAACCGCCUGCUAUGCUGUGUUCAUGCUCGGUCUCAUCAUCAUGGGCUUCGGCACGGGUGGCUUCAAGCCCAACAUCUCACCUUUGAUCGUUGAGCAGAUCGACGUGACCCGCGCCUUCGUCAAGAUCCUGCCAUCUGGCGAGCGCGUGGUCGUCGAUCCCAUCAUCACCCAGAGCCGGAUCUACCACUACUUCUACCUCUUCAUCAACAUCGGUGCCCUCGUCGGCCAGAUUGGGAUGGUGUACGCCGAGAAGUACGUCGGAUUCUGGCUGUCAUUUUUGCUGCCGCUCAUUGCCUUCCUGACCACGCCUGCUGUCAUGUGGUGGGGGCGAAAGCGAUAUCAACAGCGUCCUGCCUCUGGCUCAGUCGUGGCCAAGGCUUUCCGCUGCUACUUUUACGGCAUGAAGGGGCGCUGGUCCUUGAACCCGUACAGCUUGUACAAGCGCACCAGCGACGGGUCUGUCUGGGAAGCGAUGAAGCCAUCCAACAUCCAACCAUCUCAACGACCUUCGUGGAUGACCUUUGACGACGCCUGGGUCGAUGAAUUACGCCGUGGGUUUGCCGCCUGCAAAGUCUUCUGCUACUACCCACUCUACUGGCUUGCGUACGGUCAGCUCACGAACAACUUCACUGCCCAAGCCGGUACCAUGACACUUAACGGUGUUCCCAAUGAUGUCGUUACUAACCUGGACCCAUUCGCCCUCAUCAUCUUCAUCCCGCUCUGCGACUUGUUGCUGUACCCCGGCCUCCGAAGAAUGGGCAUCAACUUCACCGCGCUCAAGAAGAUCACCGUGGGUUUCUGGACUGCUGCUGCUGCUAUGAUCUGGGCCGCCGUGGUUCAGUACUACAUCUACAAGCGGUCUCCUUGCGGUCACCAAGCCAACAACUGCUACAAUGACGACGGCACCGUCAACCCGGCACCUCUCAACGUCUGGAUCCAGACUGGCUGCUACGUGCUCAUUGCCUUGUCGGAGAUCUUCGCCUCCAUCACCUCGCUUGAGUACGCUUACUCCAAGGCACCCAGAAACAUGCGAUCGCUGGUCCAGGCCAUCGCUCUCUUCACCAACGCCAUCUCCGCCGCCAUUGCCGAGGCAUUGAACCGCCUCUCUGGUGAUCCACUAUUGGUCUGGAACUAUGGUGUAUUCGCUGUUGUUUCAUUCGUGGGCGGGUGUCUCUUCAUCUGGCAAUUCUGGAAUCUCGACAAGGCUGAAGACGAGCUCAACUUGUUGCCCGAAGGUCAUGUCAUUGCUGCAAAGGACGUUGAAGAGAUGUCGAUCAGCGAGCCGGAGCCUCGCACGAUCGAUGAGAAGCAUUGA